AACAAAUUUUCUUGCAGAUUUCGCCCUGCACAUGUGCAGUACACCAUUGAGCAAAACGUAAGCAGUCUUCUCAAGCAAUUAAUAAAUCGUACAGAUCGUCGCAUACGACCGAAUUAUGGAGGUCCACCAACUGAAGUUAACAUCACUGUAUUUGUGCAGACUAUAAGUGCGAUCUCCGAAGUAACUAUGGACUAUACAAUAGACCUGUAUCUUCGUCAGUUUUGGCACGAUACACGUUUGGCGUUUGAGAGCGAAGAUGAAUCAUCACUGACUAUCGGAAUUGAUAUGGUUAACUACAUUUGGACGCCCGAUACCUUCUUUCCAAACGGCAAAAAAUCCUUCUUUCACGAAACCACCUCUCAUAAUUCAUUUUUACGAAUUGACAAAAAGGGCAAUGUAUUGCGUACAGCUCAUUUAACUCCAGAAACUUUAACAAAUGAGUUUCCACUGGAUUUCCAAGUCUGCACUUUAGAGAUAGAGAGUUACGGAUACAGUACAAAAGACAUAAUUUAUCAUUGGUCGGAUCAACCUGGAGAGAAUGCCGUCCAAAUUGAUAAAGAUGUCGAACUAGCGCAUUUUACCAUUGGAAAGCAUUGGCAUAUCGAACGAGAAAUCCAACUAACCACAGGGCCAUAUUCACGGCUGACUGCUUAUUUUACUUUUAAAAGAAAUAUUGGUUUUUAUCUAAUACAAAUAUAUUUCCCUGCGUCACUGAUUGUCGUUAUAUCAUGGGUUUCCUUUUGGCUCAACCGAGACGCAACUCAAGCUCGAGUGGCCAUAGGAGUGACUACUGUAUUGACUAUGACGACGCUUAUGACCUCAACCAAUGCCUCUUUGCCAAAAGUCUCAUACCUCACUUACUUUAAUCAUUUUUUAUCUUUUACUCAGCAAAAGUUUUUAGUGUUUGCGUCACUAUUAGAGUAUGCAGCUAUCGGUUAUCUUAUGAAACGGCGUCGCUCAAGGUUGAAUAAUUCAGCGAUGAAUAUGCAAAAUUUACGUUACGUAGAAGUAGGCGACUGUCCAAGAAAAGCAAGAAGUCGUUCAGAAUUUUCCGUGAAAUUAUUAAGACGAAACACGGCAAAGGUAGACCGUUAUUCGCGAGUUGUAUUUCCACUGUGUUUUGUGGCAUUUCAAUUGAUUUAUUGGACGAUAUUUAUAACCACAACAUACGUAAAAUAUAUACAGUUAAUCGCAAAAUUAAAAGAAAGUUGA